AUGGGUUCCCCUUGUGACGAGGAUCGUCCAGUCUCGCACUGGUCGGUGUCUACUCUUUCGUUGCACUCUCAGUCCACUGCCAUGCGUAGGACGUCGGUGUGGGGCAGGCUCUCAUUUCGCCACUCUGGCCGAGACUCGACAACAUCCCCACCGGACAAGUUGAUGAGGCAUAGCACUCCUUACUACCCCAAUUCUUCCAACCGUAGCUCAUUAUUAUCCCUUUCAGGUGCAUCGUCCAUCUCGAGUAACACUGGUGUAAAUGGCCACGACGACGAGGUAGUUCACCUUCGCUGGCCGCGACACGCCACCUUGGCCAAACUAUCCGGUCGCUCCUGUUCGGAGUUUGAACCCUUCGUCGAGUCCCAGCACGAGUCGCCGCUGCCCACGUCCUUCCACGGUUACCCCGAGUACUGCAUAGGAGCCGUGGGGUCUAUUCCUCCUGCCCGUCCCAAGCGCACGGCCGACACAUAUACCAUUCGCAAGCCCACAUCGUCCUUGUGA